UCUUGUUUUAUAACCCCCAUUUGCGAAUCUGGUGUUAAGAAAGAAACAUAGACGACAUAAAGAGGCGACUGUAAAGCCAUGGACCACCACCAAGACUAUAGCCGACAGAACGAGGAGAGGAGACUCUUAUUGUCCAAAGAAGAAGAGAGGAUUCGGGAUGAGCUUGAGACGGAAAUCGAAAGAAAUUUGGAAGGGGAAUUCAAGGAUGGGAUCUAUAACCUAGCACUUAAGCUGCGCCGACUGUAUGAACAAAGACGGGAAAGAGAAACGUCCCUCCAUGUUUCAGCGAGGAAGAGCAAGCGAGUAUUGGAGGUGAACAUAAGUAUAAAGAUGGAAGGAGGUACCAAGAUAGAGAUCACUGAGAGGAAGAAGGAAGUAGACAACGAAAAGACAAAGAAAACAGAGAAUUUGGACAAGAGAAAGAAGUUUGCAGCAACUGGUGAAGAUAAAACAGGAAAGGACAAGAUGACGAAUCGAACCAGGGCACAUGAACUCAGAUGGAAAUGGUAAAGAGAUUGAUUGGCCCUGCCUAUUUGCUGGUAUUUAUGUUUUUUUUUUUUUUUUGGAACUUUGUUUCUUCUGCAAAUCCUAUUUAAUAUACGAUUGAAAUAAGAGUGAUGCUUGCUAUCCCAUAGAGCAGUGCAAUGGAGAUAGGAAGAGUAACAACAAAAUCAUCUUUUUUAUUACAACCAUAUACUAAAAUCUAACAAAAUUAUCAAAACAUAAUAAACUUUAUCUCCUAGAAUCCAAUUAGUUUUUUUUAUUAGCAAUAAUAUGAUUAGGAGAACAUUUAGCAAAGGAAUGAUAUUUGGUAAUAUUAAGACAUGGUAACUGAUUGAGAAUGAGAGAAUCAAAUAAUUUAGUUUGCAACAAAAAAAAAAAAAAA